AUGGGUCCUAGUAUCGCCAGCCCGAUUACGCUCCCCGUUCCGUCUAUAGCGUCCGCCUGCAACGCUCCGCGCCCGCCGGGAGCGGGCCAUAGCGACGCGCUUAGUCCUCUCCACGCCGCGUCGCUUGGCCCAGCCGCAUCGCAGUCAGAGUCCAUGGACGUGCGCGGGACACACGCUAGUGCUGACGUGGAUCACGAGAGCAACGACCGAUGGCAGCAGUGGCAGGAGGAGCGACAGCGGGAAACAUCUAGCGCGCUCGAGCCAACUCCUAAAAGGCUACGCGGCUCGUACCGCUGCCGUCGCUGCGGCCAGCCUAAGAAAGGCCACGUGUGCCCGCUCACGUCACCGUCUCCCGCACCGCCGUACGCGCGUCGACCAUGCCAGUCCAAUCCGCACCACGCGAACACCCACUCCCAUCCGCCCAACCCCUCUUCUUCCGUCGGAUGCGGCGACCCCUCGUGCGGCGGCGCGUGCGGCAACUCCCGCGACUGUGGAUUUGAUUCACCCAGCGGGAUUACCCGCGCGGACGUGCGCAAGCCCGCGUCGUGCAGCAUGGGGAACAUGCAGCCGCUGCGUCUCCCCGACGCCUCCGCCGGGCCAGCGGACUCCGCCAACGCCUACACUGCGGACGGCGGACGCUCCUCCGCGUGCCAGGGCGGGCCGAACGCGCAUAUAAGCCUCACUGCGCCCGCGCUCACCGCAUCGUGCCGCAGCCUCCCCAGUCGCAGCGGCUUGUCGGACUCCAACUUCUCCUUCCCCGCCGCGCACACCCACGCGCACGGCAACGCGCACGGCGCCAUCACCUCGAGAAUGGCGCCCCACUGCGCCUCCCCGCACAGCCUUCCGCCGCUCUCCCAUUCAAGCCUCCGCCCUGGUCCCCCCGGGGCGAGCGGGUCGGCAGCAGCGGCAUCCGCGCGGCCGGUGGUGCAGAGGAGUCCUCAGGACAUGUGCAUGCUCAACAUCCUCGCUAAGCUGCCCCCGCGCGACCUACUGAGCGCGAGCAGCUGCUGUCGGCGGUGGCGGCGGCUGGCGGCGGAGAUCUGGGGCAACGUGGAGGCGGCGGCGCUCUCGCUUGACGCGACGCCGUCGCUCGCGACGGACGCGCUCGUCUACGUGCCCUUCAUGCUGCGCCGCUGCCCGCGCCUCGUGCACCUCUCGCUGCAAGCCGCCAGAUGCGUGGACGAUCGCCUGCUGCAUCGCAUAGCCGCCGAGCAGCCGAAUCUGGAGUCGCUCGUCAUUCGCACGGCACCCAACGUCGCAUGCCACGUCACAGACAACGGCAUGGCGGCGCUGCUGCAUGGGUGCGCGUCGCUGCGCGCCGUGGAUAUGGACGGAUGCAUCGCGCUGCCGUCGCUCACCGUCGCCUCGCAGUCCUUGACGGCGCUGACUCUCUCCGCCUGCGCGCGCCUCUCGCGCCUCUCCCUCGCGUGCCCCGCGCUGCAGCGCCUCUCGCUCUCCCUCCUCCCCGCGCCCGCUCCGCCCUCCGCCGCUCCGCCCGCGCGCACGUGCUCCCAGACGCACGCGCACGCUAGCGCGCAGAUGAGCGGAGAUCCCGCGCACGCGGAGGCGGUGAUCAGCCACGUGGCGAGCCUUGCGGCGCCUCUCGAGCGUCUGCACAUCGCGUCACCUUACACCACCGACGCGAUGGUGGCGGCGCUGGUGCGCGCACACGGGCAGUCGCUCUGCGCGCUCUCCAUCACGCACUCGCUCUCGCUCACCGAUGAGGGCGUGGCGAACAUCUGUCGCGCCUGUCCGCAUCUGCAGCACCUGGACCUCUCCGCCUCGCCCAACCUCUCAGACGCCGCCCUCCACGCCAUCAGCGCCUCGCUCUCUCACUCCCUCACACACCUCCUCCUCGCCGCCUGCCCUGGCAUCACGCCACGUGGCGUGCAGGCAUUGGUGCAGCGCCUGCCCAAUCUGGAGCUGCUAGACGUGGGGCGGUCGCUGCUCCCCCGCGCCCCCUCGCCCUCCCCCACCCUCGCCAGCGCCGCCAGCACCACCUCCGCCAUGGGCGCAGGGGGCAUGGCGGACGGGUGGAGGGGGAACGGCAGGGGACAGUGGGGGGACGCGGGGGGCGAUUAUCAGGGGGAGGUGGGGAUGGGGAUGGAUGGGGGAAUGGGGGGAGCGGGGGGUGAAGGCAGCAACGGAUACAUGGGGGGUGGGGAGGGCAGUGGUAUGGGGGCAUCAAGCGCAACAGGCACGGCAAGAGGAGUGGCGGCAGGAGGGGAGGGGCGGCGGUUAGAGCUGCGCAGCAGCAGCCUGAGGAAGCUCAGUCUCUGGGGCUGCUCUCUGCUGCAGACGCUUGUCCUCGACUGCCCGCAGCUGGAGCACCUUAAUGUGAACUCCUGCACCGCACUGCACCCAUCUGCCUACGGCUGCCGCCUCAACUGCCCGUCGCUGCGGUUCAUCCUGGCCGUUGGAUGCCCCGUGUCGCCCCACACCCUUCUGCGCGCGGCGUGCCUUGCAGACCAAUCCCCAUGCAUGGGCGAUGGCAUGGGGGAUGGUAUGGGGGAUGGUAUGGGUGAUGGUAUUGGGGAUGGUAUAGGUGAUGGUAUGGGUGAUGGUAUGGGGAAUGGUAUGGGUGAUGGCAUGGGCGAUGGUUAUGGGGAUGAUAUGGGUGAUGGCAUGGGGGAUGGUAUGGGGAAUGGCAUGGGCGUCUCUCCCAACACUUGCUUGGGCGAUGACAUGGGGGUUGGCAUGGGCGAUGACAUGGGGAAUGGCAUGGUCAAUAGCAUGGGGAAUAGCAUGGUCAAUAGCAUGGGGAAUGGCGUGGGUCCAUCUCAAAGCGGGUAUGUGGGAGAUGGCAUGGGGAAUGGCAUGGAUCCAUCCCUUGGCUCAUAUGUGGGAGAUGGCAUGAUGCAUGCACAACCAAGUGCAUGGCAACCCCCUUCCCACACGCAGACGGGGAAUGGCAUGGUAAAUGACAUGGGGAAUAGCAUGGUAAAUGACAUGGGGAAUGGCAGCGCAUACUGCAACACAGAUACUGAUGGCAUGGCAGGGACUCCGUCUCACAUGAACAUGCAGACGCAACCACACAUGCACCCACAUGCACACAUGCACAUGGGAGGGCAGAUGCAGCAGCAGGGGCAGGUGAUGGUGUGGGAGUGA